UUUCUUUGAUCCCAAAAAUAAAAAAUAUAUAUCCAUUUUUUCUUCUUCUUCCCUUAAACUUCGUUGAGAGUUGAGACUGAAGAAGACCAGAGAGUAGAGAGUUUCGGACACAAAAGGAUCUCAAAGCAGACAAAUUUAUUUUAUUACUCUUACCUCAACGUUGUUUGACUUAGAAAAGAAAAUCUCAGAUAGAUUCUUCUUCUUUCCGGAUCCGAAUUCUUGCCCUCUUGUAGAUCUACACAAAUGGCGGUUACUUACUGAUUUCAGGAAAAAAAAAAAAAAAGGAGCCUUUCUGCUUCUUUUAAUGGCGGAUACUCGAAACGGCAAGUCCCUUUUCUUCUUUUUCUUUGUCUCGCUUAUUUUGCUUUUCCUUUCGCCGUCUUUUUCGGAUGUCACAGCUUCCGAGUCCGAUCCGAUUCCGUACGAGAACUCAGAUGCUUCUCCUGGAGUCGUGACCAGCAGUGAAUCCGACAGGCAAGGUGUUUCAUUGCAUAGACUAGUGGAACUUGUUAGGAAUCUUACGGAAGUAGUUGCUAGAUUAGAUGCUAAGUUAUCUGAAACUCCGUUUAAGGUAAAGAAAGAGAUCAGUCGUGAUGAGAUCGAAGAGAAAGCUAAGGCUUUCUCCGUGACAAAGUACAGUCCUUUCUGGUUUGAGAGAUUCGAUUUCACAUCGGCUGUGAAACUAGACUCUGAAGCGACUUGUAUCAACGUGUUGCCGUUUCGAGAUCACGAAGGUUUUAGCAAGUAUUUCGCAGUUGGGGAUUCAAGUGGUAGGGUUUUUGUGUUCUUGAGAAAUGGGGAUGUUUUGGUUGAGUUCACCACCUGCGAUUCACCAGUCACGGCAAUGGUGUCUUACAUGUCUGUGUAUAAGAACGAGAGUUUCGUGGUGACGGGCCACCAAAGCGGAGUCAUCUUGUUGCAUAGACUCCGCGAGGGCUCGAUGGGGGAAGAUUUGAAUUCCGCUGUGAUGGAAAAUGUUGGCAAGUUUGAUGGCACGGAGGAUGGUUUGCAAGUGACUGUAUUGGAAGUGCAUCAUGUGGGUCGGGUUAGGUAUAUAUUGGCGACGGAUCUUAGCGGAAAGCUCACAGUUUUCACUGAGAACAGAACGGUUUAUGGCUCGGUUACCCCAACGAGUAGACCGCUCGUGUUCUUGAAGCAGAGGCUGUUGUUUCUCACCGAGACUGGUGCUGGUUCGUUGGAUUUAAGAAGCAUGAAGAUCAGAGAAUCUGAGUGUGAAGGUCUUAACCAUUCUCUAGCAAGAAGUUAUGUUUUUGAUGCGUCGGAACGGUCUAAAGCUUACGGAUUCACAUCUGAAGGCGAAAUCAUUCACGUAUUGCUUCUCGGAGACAUCAUGAACUUCAAAUGUAGAGUGAGAUCAAAGAAGAAGGUUCAAAUGGAGGAGCCUGUAGCCUUACAAGCCAUCAAAGGCUAUCUUCUUGUAGUCAACCAAGAAAAAGUCUUUGUAUACAACGUAUCGACUCAACACUACGUUCGAACCACGGGUCCUCGGCUUCUUUUCCCGGCUGCAUUAGAAGAUAUCAGGUCAACGUUCUUGAGCCAUCGAGAAUCAUCUAAAACCACUGAUCACCAGAAGCUAGAAAAGGUAACUCCUCUGAUAGCAAGCGACCGCGAAAAGCUGCUUGUGAUGGGUUUAGGAGACGGAUACGUCGCUACAUACAAAUCAAAGCUUCCGAUCUCCAAAGCAGAGUUCAACACAAUGCUUUGGAGCAGUCCUGUCUUCUUCUUCAUACUUUUCUUAUUCGGCGCUUGGCAUUUUUUCGCCAAGAAGAAAGAAUCUCUCACAGCUUGGGGACCUGAUGAUCCUUUCACCUCCACGACAAUGUCUUCUUCUUCUUCUACUACAACUGCACAAAACAGUUCCGCAUUUGGUGAACCAAUUAGAAGAAACGAUGACCACCUGGAUCUUCGAAGAAGGUACGUUUCGCCGUCUCGGUACCCUCCUGGAGCAGCAACAGGUGCAUACCGAUCAGUGGGGUCCAACGAUCUGAGCUCAAGAGCUCCAGUGGAAACUACUAACUACAGAACAACCGCACAGGAGAUGCAGUAUCGUGGUGGGUCAGGUCUUGAUUCAAGUGGAUUUGGUAAAAGAAGAGAGAGUUUGUUUGGUAAUACCAAAGCUUUAGAUGACGAAAGUUAGUCCCUUUUUAUAUUUAUUUUUCAUAGUUCUUUAUGUUCUUUUUUUACCGGUCAACGCUUGAAAUUUUUGUAAUGUGUAAAACUCCGGCGAAGAAAUAAAAUUUUUACCGGUAGCUUUGUUUCACCGGUCACA